CAUGCAGUGUUUUUGCCUUCCAUCUCUAUUCACGAUUAUGCAUUUCAAAAGAUCAAUCACGUAAAAAAAUCGCGGUGACGUCAGUAGCCGAUUCGCGCGCGGAAGGCAGCAGUGUGACGAUGGCUGCUGCAGCUCCUCCGAGGCCUGCACCAAAACCUGGAAGAGUACGGGUCUACAGAGCUCUCUAUGAUUAUGAUGCUAGAACGGCUGAAGAGAUGUCGUUUACUGAGGGUGAUUUACUUUACGUGAGCGAUCGAGGGCCAAAUGAUGACUGGUUGCCCGCAACAUGUGGUGGAAAGAAGGGAUUGGUGCCUGCGAAUUAUGUUAUCGGUGAGAAUGUGGAGGAGCUAUCCAAUCCAUUACAUGAAGCAGCACGUCGGGGAAACCUGCUUUUUCUAAAGGAAUGCAUAGGAAAUCAGGUGUCUGUCAACAGCCUCGACAAAUCUGGUUCUACAGCAUUGUACUGGGCCUGUCAUGGUGGUCAUGUAGAGAUUGUAAAAUACUUGCUGGAGCUUCCAGGAAUAACUGUUUCUUCACAGAACAAGAUUGGAGACACAGCGCUACAUGCUGCGUCAUGGAAAGGACAUACGGAAUGCGUGAAAUUAAUGCUUGAGCAUGGCGCUAACACUUGGGUUCGGAAUCGGGACCAAAAAUUGCCAAUUGAUGUCGCUAGGGACGCGGAGGUAGCAGGUCUGAUAGAACAAGUGAUGAGGCGAGACACAAGAAAUGAAGAUUCUGUUAAUGAAUACGAGUCUGGAUCCGACAAGGAAGAAUAACUGUGAUAUUGUACAUGUACAUUUGGAAAUUAUUUAUUGCAUGAAGUUCUGAACUAAUGAC